AUCACCAACAUAUCUCGAUCCCUUUAUAAAUAUCUUGCAAGGAAUGAGCGUGUCCAUGGAGCAACCUUUCCACUUUUAUAUUGAGAAUUGCAAGCUUUACUACUACUACUACUAAUACUACACACUAGUGACUAAAAACUACAGACAGCCAGCAUCAUACCAUGGCUGAAAUGGCAUUAAAGCUUGAUCUUCCAGGCUUCCGUUUCCACCCAACUGAAGAGGAACUUCUUGAUUUCUACCUUAAAAAUAUAGUUUUUGGUAAAAAAAUGCGUCUUGAUGUUAUUGGCUACCUCAACAUCUAUCGUCAUGAUCCUUGGGACUUGCCUGGAUUGUCAAAUGUUGGGGAAAGGGAGUGGUAUUUUUUUGUGCCUAGAGACAGGAAGCAUGGUAGUGGAGGAAGGCCUAAUAGGACUACUCAAAAUGGGUUUUGGAAAGCCACUGGUUCUGACCGGAAAAUUGUGAGCUUAUCGGACCCAAAGAGGAUGAUCGGAUUGAGAAAGACUCUUGUUUUCUAUAAGGGAAGAGCACCAAGAGGGAACAAGACUGAUUGGGUCAUGAACGAGUAUCGCCUGCCUGAAUAUUCAUGCCCCUUGCCCAAGGACAUAGUAUUGUGCAAGAUAUACAGGAAGGCAACUUCCUUGAAAGUUCUAGAGCAAAGGGCAGCAAUGGAAGAAGAAAUGAAGACGAUUCAUGCGUCUCCAUCUUCAUCCCCACCACCAUCAUCUUUGGACACCAUGUCAUUUUGCAGUCAACUAGAAGAUCCAGUGCCACCGAUAUUAAUGCCUGCGCAAAAUUUGGUUUUCAAGAAAGAAAUAGAAGACAACAACAAUAUUAGAUAUGAAAAACCAAACGAGAUUAAAAGGCCAAGUCUCCAUUUACCUAUGGGGAAGGACAUGUUACCAGAGCUCCAAGUUCCCAGCAAAUUGAGCAUGGAGUGGAACCAAGAUCCCAUCUGGUCCCUAAAUAGUCCUUGGAUUCAAAAUUUUGCCCAUUAUGCAGACAUUUUGAAUUUCUAAUAACCCUGAUUAUUAAGCUCAUAAUUAUUUUUUUUAGUUUUUUAGUUUAAUGUGGGUGUCCGGGUCAGCUUGCGCGCACCUCAAUUAAUCCUACAGACCCUGAAGUUAACGGCCAUGUAAACCUCCAGUGUCCAUCAUAUGAGUAAUCACAGGGCUUGAACCUGAAACUAGAGGGAACAAAUCUCUUUAUCCCAAGUUUUUACCACUGGACCACCAACUAGAUAGUUAUUAAACUCAUAAUUUUUGUUUUGUAUAUAACUGUUGUCUCACCUCGCUCAGCUAGUAACUGUCGUCUCACCUAGCUCAGCCAGUAACGUUGUUUAAGCUGAGCUGUUAAGAUAGAGGCAAUAACCGGGAGUUAAAUAUGUCUUGGAAGCACUUAGAUUAUCUUUGUCAAUGAACAACUUAAUUAAGAGCCCUGGAGAAUCAA